AUGGUUUUCUGGGAAGGAUAUGUGAGCGAUGAAUUGAUGGGCACAUUUGCCCCUAUCGUGGUUUAUUGGGUAUAUGCUGGAUUUUAUCACUUGCUCCCCCCUUUAGACAAGUAUCGGUUGCAUACUAGGAAAGACGAGGAAAGGAAGAAUUUGGUUCCCUUUUCAACAGUUGUGAAGGGUGUUUUGCUUCAGCAGCUUGUUCAGGCAAUUGUUACUCUCUUCUUGUUGACCACAACGACAAAAGCAUCUGGGGUUGUAGAGCAACCUUCUAUCGCCAAGCAAAUCUUGCAGUUCCUUAUUGCGAUGUUUGUCAUGGACACAUGGCAGUACUUUGUCCAUCGGUACAUGCAUCAGAACAAGUUUUUAUAUCGCCAUGUCCACUCUUGGCAUCACACACUGGUUGUUCCGUAUGCAAUAGGAACCCUUUACAAUCACCCCAUUGAGGGUCUUCUACUUGACACUAUAGGUGGUGCCAUCUCAUUUCUUAUCUCAGGGAUGACUGCAAGAACAGCAGUUAUGUUCUUCUGCUUCACUAUGGUGAAAGCUGUUGAUGAUCACUGUGGACUAAGGUUGCCUGGCAACAUCUUCCAUUUGUUUUUCCAGAACAACACAGCUUACCAUGACAUCCAUCAUCAACUGCAAGGGCUGAAGUACAAUUAUUCUCAGCCAUUCUUUUCCAUAUGGGACAAACUUCUUGGGACAUACAUGCCUUUCAAUCUUGUAAAGAGGCCUGGAGGGGGGUUUGAGGCAAGGCUAGCAAAGGAAUAG